AUGCCUAUUGUUUUUCCUUCCUUCUUUUUCUUUUUCUCUUUCAUUUUCUUCUUUCCCCUUUUUCUUUCUUUCUUGCUUUCUUUCUUUCUGUCUUUCCCUCUUUCUCUCUCUCUUUCUUUCUUUCUUUCUUUCUUUAUUUAUUUCUUUGUGUUUCUCUCUCUUUCUUUCUCUCUCUUCUUUUUUAUAUCUCUCUUUCUCUUUCUUUCUUUCUUUCUCCUUCUUUCUUUCUUUCUUUCUUUCAUUCUUUCUGUCUUUCCCUCUUUCUCUCUCUCUUUCUUUCUUUCUUUAUUUCUUUCUGUUUCUCUCUCUUUCUUUCCUCUCUUCUUUUUAUAUCUCUCUUUCUCUUUUUUUCUUUCUUUCUUUCUUUAUUUGUGUUUCUCUCUCUUCUUUUUUCUAUCUCUCCUUCUUUCUCUCUCUUUCUUUUUUUCUCUCUCUUUUUUUUCUUUCUUUUUUCUUUCUCUCUCUUUCGUUUUCUCCCUUUCUUUCUCUCUCCACUUCUCCCUUUCGUUCUCUCUCUCCUACUGUCUUUCGUCCUUUCUUUCUCUCGCUUUCGUUUUCUCUCUUUCGUUCUCCCUCUCCUUCUCUCUUUCUUUCGUUCGUUCGUUCGUUCGUUCGUUCUUUCUUUCUUUCUUUCUUUCUUUCUUUCUCUUUCGUUUUCUCUCUCUCCUUCUCUCUUUCUUUCGUUCUUUCUUUCUCUCUCUUUCGUUUUCUCUCUUUCGUUCUCUCUCUCUCCUUCUCUCUUUCUUUCUUUCUUUCUUCUUCCUUCCUUUUAUUUUUUUUUAUUUCUUUCUCUUCACCUCUGUCAUUCUUCUUUCUUUCAUUUUUCUGUUCUUUUCAUUUCGUCUCUCUUUUUUUUUUCUUAAUAAUCUUCAUGUUUUCAUUCGACUCUUUUUCUUCAACUUCUUCUUUAUUUUCUUAUUCUUACGCGUCCUUAAUUCAUAUAUUUUUCUUGUUGUAUCUGUCACAUUUCUUUUCCUUUCCACCCAUCUUUAUUUUUAUUUUAUUUUCUUCAUAUCCAUUUUCGCUCAUUUCCCUCCUUCUCUUUCAGUGUUUUUCAUUUUCUUCAUACUCGACAAAGAAUUUUUUUUAUACAUCUCAUUCUCCUCUUUUUUCUCAUGUCUUUUUUUCAUUCAUUGUUCUUCUAUUUUCCUUUCUUCAUUUUUCUUCUGUUUUCAUUCUUUCAUUUUUUUCUUUCUUCCUUCUUCUUACUAUCUGUUGUAG